GGGUGAUUUGAUUUGUUUCCUCCGCCCACCGUUGUGUCCUAUAAUAAGAGCUCGCAUGGAGCUCAGCAGCUCCACUCAGCUGUCUGUCUGUCUCUCUGAACAUGGAGGCCAACAUCGUCGUUAUGGGGACAGAAAGCGUCGGGAAAUCAGCUCUGACUGUGCGUCUCUUGACUCGGAGAUUCAUCGGAGAGUAUGGAGAUAUAGAAUCCAUCUACAGUCACAGUUUCAUGGUGGAUGGGAGGGAAAUCACUCUCAAUGUUUGGGAUUCACCUUGUUCUGAGGAUUCGUCUGUGGAGACGUCCCUCUUUGAGAAGAAGGUCCAGUGGGCAGACGGCUACGUUCUCGUCUACAGCAUCUGCGACAGGGCCAGUUUUAACACCGUCAGCAGGCUCGUUCACACCAUCAAGUCCACCAAAGACUACUUGAACGCAGACAAAGCGCCCAUAGUGAUUGUGGGUAACAAGAGGGACCUGCAUCACAGGCGGACGGUGCUGAGCGAGGAGGGCCGGCUGCUGGCCCUCAACACGGACUGCCACUUCUACGAGGUGUCGGCGGCCGAGAACUACCACAGCGUGCGCACGGCGUUUCACGGGCUGGUGGACAGGAUGAAGGACGCCAAGCUGACCACCAAGAGGCCUCUGGGGUUCAGGGGCAUCGUGAAAAGCAUGUCUGCGGUGUUUGCCAGGAGACGGAUAGACUCCAUUUAGUAAGACCAUAACAGAAGAGGAAUCUGCAUAAGAGACGGUACACAUUAUUUGACUGGAUGGCUAUCACAGACUCUGAAAUAUUACCAUGUUACUGUGCCAGAGGUAACAAUGAAGCCUCCUGAGACAGAGACACUGCUGAGUUGCAGAGCUGCUUUUCAUUAAAACAUGUGGAAAGACUCCAGAGAAGAAAAAGCCAUUAAGCGUCAGAAAACAUGGAGACAAAACGGUGUCACAGAUGGUUUUUGGUGACUUGGUUAACUGCACUUCAAGCUACACAAGACUGAUUAAAUUACAGUCUCAUUCAGUAUACAUAUGAUACUUGACAUGUGAUAUAUACUGUUGUGUGCACCGACGUAUGCAAUAUGCUUAAGCUCUAUGCAAAAUGAGCCUUUAAUCAUGAUGAUGACCAAAGACUGUAAAAAGCUCUUCGUUUCAGGUGGAACUUUUGUGUCACUGGAAAAAUGACUAAGAUAAUGUCAUUAAUUCUUUAGUAAAACAUACAUAUUUGUAUUUAUUCAAGUCUAAACAAACAAACAAACUAGUGUUUUCUAUAUUUAUGAGCUCUCCCAUGUUAAUAAGUCAUUAAUUAUGGGUCAUGAACUGAAGUGUAUUGUUUGUAUAAGCCUUGUUUUAUGUCUUACAAGGAUUUAAAUAAAGCAUAAA